AUGUCUUGUCUCUCUAGAGUUUCUUCCCGGGUUGGAAGUAGUGGUUGUGGCAGAGUGUGCAGCAGUGGAAGCAGCUUUAGUAAUAGCAGCAAAUGCUACCUGGGGAGUGGCUCUGCUCGGGGCUCCGGAGGCUCCAGCAGCUGUGGACUGAGUGGUGGCUUUGGCAGUGGCUUUGGAGGGGGCUUCGGAGGUGGAUUCAGUAGUAACUCAGGAAUGGGAGGCCACGGAGGUGACUGGGGCUCUGGUGCUGGCUUUGCGGGAGGAUUUUCCAGUUAUUGUGCUGGUGCCUUGGGCAGUGGUGGGACUGGUGGUUUGGGUGCCAGUGAUGGAGGCCUUUUCUCUGGAAGUGAGAAACAAACCAUGCAGAGCCUCAAUGAUCGCCUGGCUAGCUACCUAGACAAAGUCCAUGCUCUGGAAGAGGCCAACACUGAUCUGGAGGUCAAGAUCAAGGAAUGGUAUGAUAAAUCUGGGAAUAAAGAUGCCGACUCCAAGAAAGACUACAACAAGUACUAUCAGAUAAUCGAAGGUCUACGAAACCAGAUCAUCGAAGCCACAAUCGACAAUGCCAAGAUCAUGACACCAAUUGACAAUGGCAGGCUGGCUGCUGAAGACUUUAGAAUGAAGUAUGACAAUGAGCUUUGCCUACGGCAGUCUGUGGAAGCAGAUAUAAAUGGCCUUCACAAAGUGCUUGAUGAGCUGAAUCUGACCACAUCUGGCCUGAAAAUGCAAUUUGAAAGCUUGAAUGAGGAGCUGGUUUAUCUCAAGAAGAAUCAUGAAGAGGAAAUGAACAGCACACAGGGAAAGAAUCAUGGGGAUGUGAGUGUAGAGAUGAACGCUGCUCCAGGAAUGGAUCUGACAAAGAUGCUGAACAACAUGAGGGCACAAUAUGAGGAGCUGGCUGAGCAAAAUCGUAGGGAAGCAGAGGAUCAGUUCCAAAAACAAAGUUCAGCCUUGCAAGCUCAGAUCAUCACUGACACGGGAGCUACCGACUCAGCCAAGAGUGAGAUGAUGGAGCUGAAAAGGACUCUUCAGGGCUUGGAGAUUGAGCUGCAGUCUCUAAUGGCCAUGCAAGAUUCUCUGGAAGGCACCCUCACAGACACGGAAGCCGACUAUGUAGCCCGGCUCUCUCAAAUGCAACUUCAGAUCAGCAGCCUGGAGCAGCAAAUUUGUCAGAUCAGAGGAGAGAUAGAAUGUCAGAAUUCAGAAUAUGAACAGCUAUUGAACAUCAAGACCCGCCUGGAGAUGGAGAUUGAGACUUACCGUAGCCUGCUUGAGGGAGAGGGGAGCAGUUCCAGAAACAAGGGAGCAAGAUCAAGAGUUCCAUCAUCUGUUGACUCAGGCACAGACCAAUCAAAAGGAGAGUCAAACAAAGCCAGAGUGACCAGGAUAACAAAAGAUGACUCCACUGGUAGUCAAGGAGUGUCAUCUCAAGCCAAUUAUAUUUCUGGAAUGAAAAUUAAAUAA